GCUCUGGCUAGCUAGGGGUUCGUACGAACAGAUGUUCCGCAUAAAAUACAGUAAAUGCGCAUUAUUUAUGAAAUGCGUCGUAUUAAACGGCACUGAUUUAAUAGCCAUAGAAGAUAACCAGUGUGUCAGCAGUGAUUCUCAAGACAGCGAUCAGUCUUUAGUAGCGAAUGUUAUUUUUUAUUAUAUUUUAAGUUUACCUCAGCUAGCUGGCAAGCUAACUUAAGCUUGUUUCCCAGCUAGCCAAAAGUGAAACAGGAAUUGGAGCUACAUGAUUGCACGCUCGUGGGCUUUUUCUGUAACUGAAUCGAGGUACUAACUCUAUUACAAGAGGUAAACAUGGGUGCCUCCUGGCUUUAGCAGCAGCUUGACCCUCGUCAUCAUGGACUCCUGAAUUCUUGACGCUUCAGCGACUCAUCAGGUCGCUUGUGGCUGUUUUGGACCAGAGGUCACCGUUCAGCCUCCGACCUGUCUGACCUCCCACGCAGAGGGAGCGGUUGGGCAUAGAUGGGGAGCAGUUGCUGUCACGCUGAGAGUCCCUGUGGUAGUGCGGAGGAAAGAAGUGGUUUGCUGAAAGAUGAGUCGAAGGCCACGGUGCCCAGAGGCGAAGCAGUUGUGGUGGGCACUUGUGGUCCUGAAGGAGAUAAUGUCAUAAGGAUCACGCCUGAUGAGGCUAAUAUAAAGGUGGAGGUAAAGGCUGAGACUGUGCAGAUGAAGCAUGGUCCUGAGGUUGGAGAGACAGAGCCCAAUAAGACUCAGGAGAAUGGACCCUUGCAGGAGAUGGUCACACAAACAAAGCCUUCUCCCAGGACGGGGUCUGAACUCAAAGAAAACUCCACCAGAGCACAAAAUGAGGACGCAAAGGACCGUCCUGCAGACAGUGGACAAGCUGAACUUCUGCAAAGCACUUUAACCUCCCUGCAGAAAGAACACGCCACAACUGAUUGGGAAGUUUUUACUGCAACAAACGCGGCACCAGAAGAAGAAAAUCCAGCCUCAGCGCAGGACAAAGUCCCCGAUAGCACCUCACUACCGGCCGAGGCAGUUUGCCCUGAAAACCAUACAGACACAAACACAACAAGAGAGCACACAACGUUGUCCGCCGAUGAUAAUGAUGAAGAAGCAGCCUCCAAGGUCCCUAUUGACAAUGCUGUAGCCGAGCCAUCGGGGGAGUGUUCUCACAAUAAUGAAGUGUUAUCUGUGCCAAACACCCAGCUCGCUGCAGCAGCUUGUCAGUUGCCGUCCAUCUCUGUGGUCAGUCAGGAGAUCAACAAAGAGUCUCUGAGCUGUGCUGCGGCACAGGAUCCAGAGCAUGAAAGCUCUGCAGCGUGGAAGGAGGCCGGUCCUGAAGUCAUAAAAAGCCACGAUGUCUCUGAGUCUUCUUCUGGAUCAGAGCCCACGGGACCCAACCACAGUGGUGAGGAGCGAGACUCCACCAACUAUGUCGGGGAGCCAGAGACCUCAGCUCUGGCAGAAGCCGGCGAGAGCUCAAAGUCCGAUCAGGAUGCAAAGCCAAGUCUUGAGUGUGCAGCUACGAGCUCGAAGGAGGUCAACACCUCAGAGAGCGUCAAACAGGAUAUUGGGGAGGAAGUUAUGCUGAAAGGACAGGACGAAGAUGGAGAUGCUCCCAAAGCGGAGGAGAACAAUGAGACGGAGGAGGGGGCGGAGGCCGAGACUCAGGCCGGGAAAGAUGGUGAGAUUCAGGAGGUCGCUGGAAAUGAGGAGCAGCUGACAGUGAGCUCAUCCGCUGGUUUAAAGGCUGAUGAGAUAUCUGUCACGGAGAAGGAAGGCUCUGCUGAAGAUGGCCUGGGGAACAGCGAGGAAGACUUGUACAGAGGAGUCGAUGAGCUGCCAGCAUCACAAGAGAAUAAAGCAGGACCACCGCCUGUGUUAGAAACUGCAGUUUUGAAGGUGGAGGACAGAUGCAGUUUGGCCCCGGCGAUGGACAUUCUGUCUUACAGUGAGAGAGAGUGGAAAGGAAAUACUGCCAAAAGUGCUCUCAUUAGAAAGGGUUAUAAAGAGAUGUCCCAGAGGUUUGGCGGCUUGAGGAGAGUGAGGGGGGACAACUACUGUGCCCUCAGAGCAACGCUGUUCCAGGUGCUCUCCCACAGCACCCAGCUGCCCCUGUGGCUGCAGGAGGACGACGUUUCUGUGCUGCCGAAGCAGCUAGAGGCCCAGGAAGGUCUGAUAAGUCAGUGGACAUUUCCUGGAGAAUGCUUGCAGGGAGAUGGGACCGGAGAUGCCACCCUGCAGCUAAAAGGCUACAUGGAGCUCCUCCAGAAUAAGUGGCGGGCGGCAGUGGACUGCUCCUCCACGGUGGAGCGGCAGCAGCUGUGCGAGCGAGUGUUCCGGGGAGGAGAAGAGGAGCUGGGGCUGCUGGAGGCGCUCAAGCUGCUGAUGCUGGGCAGGGCGGCGGAGCUGCACCGCUGCAUGCAGGCCGGCGGAGACGUCCCGCUCUUCUGCUGGCUGCUGUUCGCUCGCGACUCGUCCGACUGCCCGCGCUCCUUCCUCUCCAACCACCUCAGCCACGUGGGCCUCAGCGCCGGGCUGGAGCAGGUGGAGAUGUUCCUGCUGGGCUACGCCUUGCAGUGCACCAUUCAAGUUUACAGACUGUACAAGGCCGACACAGAGGAGUUUGUCACCUACUACCCAGACGACCAUAAGGACGACUGGCCAACCGUGUGCCUCGUCACGGAGGACGAUCGCCACUACAAUGUGCCAGUUGUAGAAGCUGUGGAACACAGGGAGCUCGACUCGAGCUGAUCGCCGCUGCAGAGAAAUCUCCUGCCAUACGAACAAAACACUCCUCAGGUGCAUCAAGAUUAAUAGAUUUACGCCAAUUAAAGGAAGUGUUAGACAUUUUGGAAAAUAUGCUUUCAUGCUGAGAGAUGGAUGAGACGAUGGAUGCCACUGAUGUCUGUCCGUUAGCUACAGCUUGCAGCUAGUUAGCUUAGCACAAAGACUGGAAACAGCUAGCUCUGAGGAAACGUAAUAAAAUCUGCCUCCUGGCCCCUCUAAGGCUCAUUAAUUAACAUGUUUUAUCACAUUUUUUUCAACUGAACAAACACAAAAGUGUAAAAAUUUUCAUCAUUAAACAAGAUAAAGUGUGUUCAUUAGUCAGCUUAAGAAGUACUGGUAGGUGGACUUCAUUACCUUGGGACAGAGCCAGGCUAGCUGUUUCCCUCUGUUUCCAGUCUUUAUGCCAAGCUAAGCUAACUGGCUGCUGGUGUUAGCUUCAUAGUUAGCAUACAGACAUGGGAGGGGUAUCAAUCCUAAGGACAGCACAUAAGCAUACGAGCCAAAAUGUCUAUUCCUUUAAAAAAUAUGCUGAUUUGAGACCCUGUACAAGAUGUGGUUUACACACGUUUGUACACACUGUACUGUAUAGAGUUUUCUAUUUGGGUGUGUGUACAUAUAUGUGCAUCUGAUGUUGCAGGAUCAUCUCAGUUAGGUCAGAAUUAGUUUCCCAAUGGAGCUGCCAACGGCGCCAAAACGAUCGGUUGGUGUUUACACUGGAGUUUCGGCACUUUGAUUUGUGUAUUUAAUUUAUUCUUUUUCAUUACGUCAAAAAAAUGCAUUUUUAAAUUAAGAACAAGAGAAACGAUUGAAUUCGUCCGUGAAAGCGUUUGAUGAUUUAUCAGGUUUAACAACAGCUCACACCAGACGACGAUCGGGGGAUUAAUCGCAGCCUGUGUGUCGGAGGAUUUGUCGUGGUCUGUGUGUGCAUGUUUGCAACUCUCUGUGUGUGUGUGUGUGUGUCAGACUCAGUGCGUAACAUGUUGCCUUUAACCAAGCUGUUCUGAGGAUAGAAGUGUGCCAAUGUUGCUGCAAAUACUGGAAACGGUCCCAACCACCAACCACUGGAUUCAGUAGUAAAUGCUCGCUUGGUCCUCCGUGUUGCCUUAGAAAUAAUGCACAAUAAGAAUGAAUGUUGGUCAUUAGUGAUAAGAGGCCAUUUCCUUGCCCUAAUUCUUAAAUAAGAGCAGGUGAAGGUGAUGUGUUAACAGUAAAAUAUUGCUUUUGCCAUUUGCAGGAAUGUUCUUGCACUGUCAGAUGUUUGGAUGGCGUUUAGAUCAAAUGAAAGAACAAUUUUUGUAUAAGUUUUUUUUUUGCUUUGAUUUUAUCAACUUGAUACUUUGAAUUUUCCUUAUUUAAUGAGAACUAUGAACAUGAUUUUGAACUGAUGACAUUUCAGAAGUACGCUAGAGAAAUUGAGUCUGUUUGGUGUCUCAGACUCCAUCAGUAAAACGUGGUUGAAUACAAUGGAUUUGUACGCGCCAUACCUGAGUGGUGUCGACUGUUUUUUCAAAUCACGCCCAAUAAGUUUAUCUAGAGUUCUGUUAUAGAGUAAGAACAGGAGCUCUAACUGGGGUCAAACGUGUAACUUCAGUAUGCCGGAUAACAUACUGUACAUUUGUUUCGUCUGUCAGUGACUUCUUGUUCAUGCAUGGCUCAUAACAUCAAAAUCAUUUCCUUAUUUGGUGUAAUAACAUGCUUUAUGUUCAACUCAGUGUUUUGUCACCUGCACAGAAUGUGCAAAACUGGUUUGCGUCAAAGAGAAGAGGUUAGCACGUCAGUCCUUUAAUACGUAUUUGGUUAUUUAAAGGAAAAAUAAUGUAAUAAUAUUUUACAGAUACAGCAGUGGGGGUCAAACAAUGAGGACUAUUAUAAUGAGGGCCAAAACAAAACACAAGGGUUAAUAAUAAAGCAAUUUAUUUGCCAAAUAAGAAUGCCUAUACAGUAUAUACAGUACAUACGAC